AGCAUAAUGCCUGGCACAUAGUUCGUACUUAAAAAUGCUUAUUCCUUUCCCCUUUUCUUCUCUGCCUUCAGUUCCUUUCCAUACCAAUCUAUUCUCUACCCAGCCAAAGUGAUUUUCCUAAACUGUUGUUUUGUCUAUGCCUUUCUUCUACUCGACAAAUUCCAACAAUUUCAACUGCACUGCUGUCAUUUAAAGUUAUUGAUAAUUUAGUUGCUUCCUGCCCUUCCAGUCUUGAAACUUGCUUGUUUUCAUGAAUUCUAUGAUCCAACUAUUUUGGUCUUUUUGCACAUAAUACUCCAUUUACCAUCUUUGUGUUUUUGUACUAGUUGUCCUCUAUGUCUGUGUAAUGCUUUGCUUCCUUAUUCCUGACUUUUGGUUCUUUUCUUUAAGAUUCUCCUUUAAAGCCACCUUCUGUUGAAAGACUUUUUUAUUCUUACCCGCCAAGUGCUUUCUGUUUUCCCUUCUAAAAUCACUUUCUAUUUACUCUGAAUAUAUUUUGAACAUAUCUAGUUAUUUGCAGACAUAUAUGCCCGACAUAUUCAUACCUUUCUAAAGGCAUUUAUUGAGUUCUUAUAAUGACAUAGUAAGAAUUUGUGAUUACAUUGGAGUUGCCUCCAGCAAAUACCAAAUAUCUUUACACCUAGACAAUAGAUAAUUUUUCUGAGUUUCUAUGCCUGAAGAAGUUAAUCACCCACAGGCCAACCUUCCAGUGAUAAGGCACUCUGAACUUAGCUAGGUGGGCUCUUGGAUGCUGGACACAGGAUCUAUUGCUUUGUCUAUACUUAAUGCCUUUUAAGCUUGGUGGAUUCUGUAAGAGUUUGCUCUCUAAAGACAUAGCUUUUGAGAACCAGUUGUCACAGUUACAUGGGAGUCCCACAGUGGAUAUGGGAGGAGGACUUCAAGGGGGAGAAUUAUAACAUACUUUUUUUGUUUGUAUAUGUAUCUGAUCACACUAUUCUAGACUGUAAGUUCUAUGAGGGCAAAGAGCAUUUCUCCCCUUUUUGGUGUAAUUUGUGACCCAGUGCCCCCAGUUUUGAGUUUAUAUGGAUUGUAGAUCAUACUUGUGAUUGCACGUAUGUUAUAGGCUGACACCAUGAGAUUAUUUAGGACUUUUGGAAUGGGGAGUGGAAUUCACUGGGUGAUUGUUUAUGGCAUAUUGUGGGUCUCUGAUGUUUUCUGGGCAGUGACAUUAAUUCUUUUUCUGCAUUUGGCAUGAAUUAUCACAUUCAGGGAAUGCAUAGCAGCUAUAGGCCGUCUUAGCUAUACCUGCAGACUCAGAGCUAGACACAAGCUAUGACCAAGCAGAAGUUUGAGGAUUAGUAUAGAAAUGGGUUGGAUGUUCUAACAUUUGCUGGGGGAGCAUUUCUAAUGAAACCCUGGGUGGGCAAAAUGAACCAAGAUAAGAUUUUGUGUGUGUGUGUGUGUGGGGGGGGGGAGAAGGGGUGAGGGAGCAGGAUGUGAAAUCGAGUUCAUAUAUACCCCAGCACCUGCAGUACUAGACCCGUGCUUAUAAUUAUAUCCCGCACAAAGCUUAGUUUAUGCUUUUUAUAGUUCAAUCACCAUUGCUGAAUUUGGAAAUGAAUUCCAUUUUUUGUGUUCUGGCCAUUAGAUGGUUAAAUGGUUGUAUUGUGAUUCUCAGGGUUGGUUUAAAUUCUGAGCUUUGUUACAUUUUACAUUGUACAUUUACAUUACAUUGUAAUUCCUUCAGGAUUGUUUUUUAGUUCUGAUCUCGGUUACAUUGUGAUCCCUAGCACUGAUGUAAGUUCUGAACUUGUUUAUAGAGUGAUAUACAGGACUAGUUUAAGUUCUGAACUGUGUAAACAUUUUUUUAUCGGAGAAAACAAAAGUGUUACUGGGCAGCUUCAGGGGAGGUAGUAAUAACUGCACUGUCUGUGAUGCUUGAGGAGGUAUGAUACAAGUGAAAGGGAAUCCUUUCAAAUACUGAUUGUAAUAUCACAUAUCAAACGCUAGGGGUCACUAGAAUAGAUAACAUUCCUUGCUUUCUAUAACUCUUUGGGUCAAAGUAUUGUGUCAUUAAUUUCCCAAGGCAGAAGCUCUCCAGGUGCCCAAAAUAACCAAACCAGGAAAUUCUUAGAAGGCAGGUUCUGUCUGGUGACAAUGAGUGUGUAUCAGUGUGAUAUCUUACAUCAACAAGCACCUGCUUGUUGAAAGUCUAACAAGCAUCUGAGUUGCCAGGAAUGCCAAGAUUGGCCCAUUAGUUCAAUGUCAAAUCUUGGAAAGCAAAGGGAUUCUAAUUUUCUCCCUGAGCCUUCUCUAGAGAAGCAGUCUGGUACAGUGGCAGAAAUGUUGUAAUUGGAAUCAGAGGAACUGAGUUUGAAUUUGGGGCCUGAAUAAUAUUUUGGUUCUCAACUGGCCACCAAUGAUUUAGAGGGUAGUUAAGUGCCAUUUCUUAUUGCAACUUUAUAUGUAUUGCUUAACUUUUCUAAGCUACAAUUUCCUCAUCUGUAAAAUGAGAGAUUGAGGCUAGAUCAUCUCUAAAGACACUUCUGUUCCUCUAGCUAUGAUCUUCAAGGCCUUCUCUGCUACUGAGUCUCUCUUAAAAAGAAUUAAAUUCUGCUACCAUUCAAUAAACAUUUAUCAAGUGCCUAAUAUCUUCAUAGCACUGUGCUGGGGAAUGGAAAGAUGAAAAGCAUGGUAUAGUUCCUGCACUCAAAGAGUGUAGGAAUAAGAAUAUAGUCUGUAUAUAAGGGCAAAGGAGGGAUGUCUCAAUGAACAGUUGCAGCAAAAUUUGUUGGGAUGGGUGGGCUUUUUCAGUUAAAGAUUUAAGGGAAAGCAACCAGUAGAGAAAUUUAAUGGGAGAGGGUGUGUCUUUGUUCCUUAAUUUUGAUCAGGCUGGCUUGCCUAUAGCAAAGGCUGCCUUAGUUAAUUCUAGCUAUUUGGAGACAGGCUGUCUUUUUCAUUGUAGAGUUUGAUGAUAAAACAAAGCCUCAAACUGGAAAAAUGAAUAAAUGCCAUGUCUCGAAAUGACUUGUAUAUAACAUUCAUAUUUAGAAAAGAUUUUAUGUGAAAGUUAGCUAAUUCAUAGUUAGAAAAUAUUCUACUGUGAAAGUUAGCUGAUUCUUGAAGUUUCUUCCCAGGGAUGAAACCUUACAUUACAUACUUUCCUUCAAUCCCAAGAUUUCUAAACCCUGACUUUUCUCAACUAGCAAUGAUAGUUGAACUCUAAUGAGUUGUAAUGAACAAUAUCUGGUGUUGGAAAACUGACAAGAAAACAUGAGCUUCCUACUCCCAGGGAAAGACUAUGAGAUGGAGAAAUGUGUUAUAUGCUAUGAGAUAUUGCUUUGUCCAGUAGCUUUGCUUGAAUUUUUCCCUUUGUUAUAAAGAAGGGCUCGUUGUCAGAAGGUGUUUUAAGAAAAAGCAACAAUAAUUUAAAAAUUUUGAAGUACAAUACUAGUCGCAAUUCUUUGGAUCCUGAAGCGUCUUCCCAUUUCCUAUUCUUCCUCUUUACUUUGUUUCUUCUAAAAAACACAUUUUUAUGGAUAUUUUUGUUUUUAUAUCCCUGAAGUUCUCACAAACAUUUUUACCCUCACCACCCCUUAUUAUUAACAAGUCUUUGUUUCUCCUCUUAUCCCUGUUCAUAUCUACUCAAGACUGUGCCACUUGAAAGCAACACUUGGAAAUAUCAUGUAGAAACCUGGUGUGACUUCUUAAGAGGUGCCAUGCAGCCAAUAAUGUCACACCCAGGCCCAUAGUGUUUUUAUGAUGAGUCUCUUUUCAUUUCACAGGAGGUGUGUCCAUUCCCAACUAAUCUCAUCAACAGCUACCAGAUAUGCACAGGUACAUCUCUCUCACACACACACACACACAUACCACACACAUUUACUGUACAAAAAUGACCUGAUAAUGAAGAUGACUUUCUUCUCUUGAGAGUAGUCAGGUGAAAAGCUCUAUCACCUGGUUUUGUCAGCACCCUUUCAUGGACUAGGUAGAUCAGAACACUCAACUUUUUGGCUUCCUGGCUGCUCUCUGAUGGAACAACGACUCAAAAUAACUGGGUCAUUUAUUUUAGCUCCUAUUUGCUCACCAAUGAGCAUGUGGGAGAGGAGUGUGCCAUCGCUGGCUUCACAUACCUCUGAUCAACACACGGUUAAUGAUGGCUGGGGUUUACCUGAUGAUGAUGAUAGGUCUCUUGCAAGAUGUAUUUUUAUUCCCUGGACAAAUAACAGUUGGAGUGAGUCCUAAUUUAGCAGCAAACCAAGUAUGAUCCCCUUCUCCCUCCCCAUUUUUUUUAUGAGUUUAGCUACUCUAGCCUGGAAAAUAAACAGCCAGAUAAUAAGCCCUUCUUCUGGAAAUGAGCAUAAAUAAUAACAAAGAAAACAUCCUGUGCUUCAUGCCAACACCCUCUGGGAAGGGAAUAUAAAAGCCACAGGUAGGAAGGCUCUUGUCAGACUUGGAGAACUCUGGCUUUGUUGCGGUCCUGAGACCUGACCAGCUGGGACCAUGGGUUGCUGUCCCACGGACUGCUUCAACUGCUGUGGCGGCUGCCAACAAGACCAGUCCGGGGACUGCUGUGAGAUGUGCUGCUGCCAACCUAGUUGCUGUGGUUGCUGUGGGUCCAGUUGCUGUGGUGGCUCCGGCUGUGGUGGCUGCGGAGGAGGUUGUGGUGGCUGCGGAGGCUGUGGAGGCUGUGGAGGCUGCGGAAGCAGUUGCUGUGGUUCUGGCUGUGGGGGGUGCGGCUCCGGUUGCUGUGGGUCAGGCUGCUGUGGUGGAUCCGGGUGCUGUGGGUGCUGCUGUGAGCCCGUUUGUUGCCAACCAUCACCUGUGUGUGACACAAAAUGAAGACAUCUGGAGGAAAGCCAGAGACCAAAUCUUCACUGGAAGAUCCUACAUGGAAAGACCCCUCUCCAUUCCAUCUGCUGCCUAGGACACCUUUCAAUCCAAAGACAGUGUCCUCCCUCCCACUCUCAUUAUAGAUCCUGUCCUGUGUACAUUCAGAGAAGGAAUGCAACUCAAAUAUCCCAUCCAGGGGGGAAAAAGACCCAUCUGGUGAGGAAUUAAAAAGCUAUAUCAAACAAGGGAUCCAAAGAAAGAAAAAUAAGGGUUCCUUACCAAGACUUGAUUCUCAUGAACUUGUUCAAUAUCUUGUCAUUUCAGGACAUCCUUCUUUUUCAAGGUGUCUUUGGGAUGUAUUGCCUGUCUGUCCUCUCUACUGCUUCUGAGGUUUCUUUGGCUAAUCAAAGCCUUUCAAAAGGCUUCUUUGCUAAUCUUUUAAUAAAUUCAAGCAUUCUGGCAUAAUUCAAUUGGUCUUCUUGGCUUUUCCUUCACUUUAUUGGGUAGAUCCAAGCAAGAAAUAUGAAGUGUAGGAGAAAGAUUUGGUCAUUCUCUCCCAGUUCAAGUGCUUGAAGGAGAGACAUUUGGCCUAUAAUUUCUGAGGGAGUAUUAAGGGUUGGGUCUCAGAUUAAGUCAAGACCAUUUUACUAAGUCAAGAUCAUUUUAGUAGGACCAGGAGAAGGCCAAUUUGAGCUGGGGAGGUUCCAGAUGCAAGGCUUUGUGGAUGGAGAAUUUUCCAAGAAGGUUCUUUAUAGUCUUAUUACCUUCUGUGAGAUACUUCUCUUUGACCAGGAUUUCCAAUGUGUUUCAAGUAUUUACUCAUCCUUUGAAGCUAUCAUUUAUCUUGCUUUCUGAAAACCCAGAGUAAAUCUAAAAUGAUCAUAUACACUGGCUAGGAGUUGCCUGAUUCUGAGGGUCAACAUUUCUAAUACAAUGGACAUGAAGCUGUGAUUAAAACCACAAAUCUCUGAACAUUGACCAAAAUAAACUCCAGGGCGAGUGGAGGUUAGAGUGGCUUGAUUCAAUCAUCCAGGGAUAGCAUCUGCUUUUAGCCCUAAAGAAGCUACUGCCCAUGCGUGGAGUACAUCCUCCACGGGGUCUUGGAACUGAGCCAAAUAGAAGAGCCAGAAUUUCUCUUUUCUUUCAUUUCUCAAAUAAGAAGCUUAAAAAAACCACUAAAGUCAAUGGAUGAUAGAUUAAGAAGAAUUAUAAGGAAUUUAGAGUUCAUGUAGUCUCAUUUUAUAGAUAUGGAAAUGGAAUCUCAGAAAAGUUAAGUGAUGUGCUCAGCUGUUUAGGAAUCCAGGGCCCCAAUUUACAUUAUACUAUGAUGACUCUCCCAGUUGAACAUGACAAAGUGAAAAAUGCAGAAUUGAAUUAAAACAAACUUAACAAAACCAAAUAUCUAUUUUCCUUGGGUAGUUGGAGGUGUGUGUAUGUGUGUGUGUGUGUGUGUGUGUGUGUGUGUGUGUAUGUGUGUGUGUGUAUGUGUGUGUGUGUGUGUGUGUGUGUGUGUGUGGUAUUUUUGACUCUCAAGAAAGGGACUCCCAAUCUAUUGUUA